CCGAUGCACGAUCAAAAAUCACAACAAAAUCGAAGAUGAACCAAAAGGCAUAUUCGGUUUUGUUUUGUGCCCUGCUGGCCAGCACCUUCGCCCAUGAACUGAGAGCUAAGGGCGUGGCGCCAGUUAGCUCUCGUUUCGCCAGGGGGCUUGAAAGGGCCGCAUCUCCAGAAAUCUGCCAGUUGACUUGCACCGCCAGUGAAUCCGUGAACGUGACGUUGGGAAUCACCAUCCAGGUGGUGGAUCAGGUACUGGUUUUGGCCAACCUCUCCGCCAACGCCGCCCUGCUAAUAAACGCGUCCAGCGAGAUUGUCGUGUUAUUGAACGGAACCACCGGAUCCGGAGUGGCCUUAAACCUGACCUCCCAAACGGGAGUUUACGUAUCCAGUGGCCUCUGGCUCGCCUCCAAAGCCACCAUCGACGUUUACAUCAGAAGCCUGUCGGGAGGUCUGCAGAGCAUCUUCGCCGUUUCUGGCGCUGUCUCAUUCAGCCUAAAGUCCGUCUCAACGGCCAUCCUAACUGAAAUUAACCUCAUCAUCUCGCGGCUGGUGAUCAACAUUGGGCUUGCCAUAUCGCAAGACGUUUUGGUGGGAUUGCAGAUCGUGCUCUCCAUCAGCGGCGGAAUCAUCAAGCUGCUGAACGGGAACUUGCGCGGGCUGCUUGCACUUAUUGAGUCCGAGAUUAGCAUCUCCUUGGACAUCGCCGCCCUCCUCAACACUCUGCGUGGCAUAGAAACUAUCAUCGCCAAAGCCUACGGGUCUCUGGAGGCGCUGAUCGAGGCAGGUGUGAACUUGAGCUGGGCCAACCUCCUGCAGGCGCGCAAUGGUCUCAUUCUGCUCGCUGAUCUUCUGCUGGCCAUUAAAAUUAGCGCCGUAUCGAGUCUCCUCAGCAGCGCUGAGAGCGCUCUGCAGCUGAUCGCGCAACUGGGAGGCAACAGCACCGUUGGAACCAACGGGCUUUUAACCGUGCUGGCCAACCUAGUUGCCCUGGCGCAAGGCAGCAUCAAAUUGGAGACCUUCCUGCAGGUUCUUGUGCUGUUUGUGGCCAAUUCCAAUCGCACCAUCCAAGCUGACCUGACCGUAGGCUUGAGAGAGUCGCUGCGCGGCUUGCUGUUGGUGAUUGAACGGGUGAAGGGCUCAUCCGAGCUCAGUGAGCUGGUGGUGAUCAUCAGCGGCUUGGUGGCAGGCAGCUGGGUCUACAAGAGCGUGAACAUUGGGGCGAUCAUCCUAAAACUGGCCUCCGGCGUGGCUUUGCAGCGCUCCAAGCCGCUGCAACUGAUUGUUUCGGUGCUGCUGCACUUAACCGCCAUUGUGAAACUGAACACCGCCAUCGCCGCCCUUGUGUUGCUGUUGAUUUUGAACCUCCACACUGCCCUUGGGGUCUGGCUGUUGAACUCGCUGGGGAUCAGCAUCAGCGCCUCGGGAUCAGGAAGCCCUCUUAAGAGCCUGCUCAGCGGUGCGGGUAACCUGAUUUUAGGGCUGUUGACUGGCAACUUGUACAGCACCCUGGCGGCUGUUUCCGGCAUCGGCGCUAUCAUCAAGGCCCUCAAAGAGGCCUACGAGGCGGUUGCCAGCGGCGAGAUCAGCUUCGUCGCCAUCAUCAACAGAGAGUCGACGUUGAAGGUUCAGAUUCUAGCUCUGUUCCAAUUGGUGGGCGGCAUCCGUUUAGGAAGCUCGUCGUCUGCUGUUUCCGCCAUAAGCGUCCAAUUGAAAGAGCUCACAAGUGUCAGCGUGUUUACUGGAAUCAGCGUGAGUUCUUCGACUUCCAUCAGCGUCAGCAGCUAGACUUCUCCAGCCCGUUGCAGAUUUCUAGAUGUAAGAGGUGUUUGGCACAAAAAAUAAAUGGUAUGCACACCCCUA